AUGGGCUUUCUCGUCCUACUCGCCGUCGGGAGCGUCGUCUUCUACGCGUGCUUCGUCCGCCUACGCCUCGGCCGCUACGAGGUCGUCCGCGACCGGUUGCGCGUGGAGCCCUCCCGCGUGCUCAAGGUCAUCCCCGCCAUCACGCUCGUCUGCCACUCGAGCCUGCCGCCGGAGGAGGAAAAAGCGCGGCGUCCUCUCGCGACGCUUCCGUGGCUUCAUGUCCGCUACGCCGACGACGACCCGGCCCGGGUGAGCGUCCACGAGGACGACGCGUACGUCAAGAGGUUCGGGUGGCUGACGGCCCACUACCGACGGACGAGAUGGUGGUUCUUCGCUUGGUGGUUCGGGUACCAGGUGGUGCGGGCCGCGCUGCUCGGCGCCGCGGUCGCGAGCCCCAUGGCGCAGGUCUUUGGCCUGCUGCUCAUCGAGGUCGUUGCCUUUAUCGUCACCGCGAGGCUCCAGCCGUUCGAGGGCUCGCGAAAUGCCGCCGCCGCAGUGUGGCUCCUCGGCAUCAGCAAAGUCGCCACGGCAGGCCUGUCCAUCGGGUUCCUACCCGCCUUUGGCCUCGGCGGUAUCCCCUCAACCGCCCUAGCCAUCAUCGUGGUCCUCAUCCAGCUCGUCCUCGUCGCGGCCGUCCUCGUCCUCAUCAUCCUGGGCGUCAUCUCGUCCUGGAUGUCCCUCACCCGCGACCGCGAGUCCUUCCCAGCGUCCCUCGCGUCCCGCCGGGCCACCUUCUUGGCCAAAGUAGAGCGGCGGGCCGCAGACGUCCCGGAGCCGGUCAAGACGGCGAGCUCCGAGCCAGAGGAGGAGCAGAAGCCCAUCGUGCCGUACUUCUCCGUCAACAGCGUCCGCCGCGAGCCCAAGAUUGGCGAGACCCUCGGCCGCCUAAGCGACCGCUACUCGAUGAACAACGGCUCCGGCGUCUUUCUCGUCGCGCCCGGCGGUAUCGGAAGCCGUCCCGUGAGCCUCAGCUCCCGACAUUCCGUCAGCAGCCUCCGCCGGGCCGCUCUCGUUCAUCCCGGGUCGCGCAGCACGGUCGAUCUCGCGCUUCCGCCGCCCGAGCCGCCGAUGCGCCCCGCGGAGAGGCCGGACUCGAGUAGGCUAAGACGGCAAAUGAGCCCACCGCUCGAGGCCCCGGAAGACCAGGGCGCGGCUCUGGAGCGCGUGCAGGCGCGGGCCUUUGACGAUAAAGAAGUGAGGAGAAGCGUUCGCUGGCAAUGA